AUGUCAGACUAUGAACUUCUCACUCAAUACACCAAGGAUGCCUAUUCCAGAGAAGACCAAAUUUGUGACCAUCCAUCUUGCAAGGCCAAUAUCAGGACCAGGGAUCCAUGUUUCUAUGUUGCAGUGAUUGAGCCAGGUCAAUGUGGGCACUAUCAACACCUAAUCUGCCUCCUGUGGUUGCUGUACCUGGCAGCUCUUGUGCUAGAGGGCCAGAUGUUAGAAUUCCUACAUCAUGGCAAGCAGAGACUAUUUUGCUUGAAAUUACAGCAGUUCAUGAAGGUGCUGGAGCUCACAAAAAGCAAGAACAUAUGUGAGGGUAGGAAGGAUAUCAAUGCUCAAAUUGACACACCUGGGCUCACUAAGCUAGCUUUGGAGACCAUUGUCCCAAAGUUACACAAAUUUGGUGGAGAAUGUAUCUGGCAUGUUGAGGAGUUUCCAUCUCACAAAGGCACCAAAUUGAUUUUCAAGUCUAAACAAUUUGCACUGAUGGUUGUUGUCCCAGAGGUUCAGUGGAAUGAAUAUGAGAAUUGGCUGGAACUUCAUGCAGAAAUGUCCAGGAAGCAGAAGCUACCUGAACAAGCUGCACUCAGUCUAGCAAACAUACCACUGCUCACACAGCUUGACAACUUCACUUGCUGA